AUGAUGACGUGCCGUCUGCUGUGCGCCCUGUUGGUGCUCGCCCUGUGCUGCUGCCCGUCCGUGUGUGUAGCAGCGGAUGGUGAAAAAAAUGUUGAUGUCCCCGGUCAACCGCCGGUUCAGCCAGGGGUGCAAACUCCGAGCAGUAAGCAACUGCAAUCAGGUGCUUCCGGUGUGGCGGGGUCACAAAGUAAUUCCGAUGUAACACAGGGACAAAAUCAGGUAACUGGCGGAGGAGGAAGUCAAAACUCUCUCCCAAGCCCUCCUGCGCCAACGGGAGAAAGUGCUACGUCCGGCACGAAAGGGUCCACAGAUCCGGAAGCCGGCAGGUCAAAGGAACCAGAUGCAGUGACCGGAGCCGGAGUGUUACAAAUACAGCCCAGAGACGCAGAGUCACCGGAUUCGAGGACCGUUACAGCGCCAAGUACGGCCACUACGGGAAUGUCACCAACUCCUCCAAACGAACUGGAAAAUAAUUCAGCAAAAAGGAUCACUGCGCCAACUACGACCACCACGACUGCAGAGGCGCCAGCCACCACCACGACAACUACAACACAGGCUCCAAGUGAUACGAGUACGGAGGCGCCAACUACCACGACCACCCGCGCACCGUCACGUCUGCGCGAAAUCGACGGCAGCCUCAGCAGCUCUGCGUGGGUGUGUGCCCCGCUGCUGCUCGCCGUAUCCGCGCUGGCGUACACCACUUUGGGCUGA